AUGAUUGUAGCAGUUGUUGGAUGCACACAUGGGGAAUUGGAUUUAGUUUAUAACACAUUAGAUAAAUUAGAAAAAGAAAAUAAUUUUAAAGUUAAUCUAUUAAUAUGUUGUGGUGAUUUUCAAAGUAUUAGAUAUAAUCUUGAUAAUGAAUCCUUAAAUGUACCUAAUAAAUAUAAAAAAGAAGUAAAUGAUUUUACAAAAUAUUUUACAGGAGAAAAAAAAGCAAAAAUAUUAACAGUGUUUAUUGGAGGCAAUCAUGAAGCUGUUAAUGUUUUAAAACAAUUAUAUUAUGGUGGUUGGGUUGCUCCAAAUAUUUAUUACUUAGGACAUUCAAAUGUACAUAAUAUAUGUGGUAUAAGAAUAUGUAAUUUAAGUGGAAUAUAUAAAAAAUAUAAUUUUUAUAAAACAUAUGAUGAAUGCUAUCCAUAUAAUAAUGUUUCUAAAGUUAGUGCAUAUCAUAUACGUAAAUAUGAAAUUGAAAAAUUAAAAAUAUUAAAAAAUAAAGUUGAUAUAAUUGUUACUCAUGAUUGGCCAAAUAAUAUUGAAAAACAUGGAAAUUUAGAUGACUUAUUAAACUCAAAAUCUUAUUUUAAAACAGAAAUUUUAACUAACACAUUAGGAAAUCCACAAACAGAAAUUUUGUUACAUAAAUUAAAACCCGAUUUUUGGUUUGCAGCUCAUUUACAUGUUAAAUAUUCAUCUAUUUAUAUUCAUAAUGAUAAAAUAAAUUGUACCAAAUUUCUGUCUUUAGAUAAAGCUGAACCACAUAGACAUUUUAUACAAAUUCUAAAUCUAGAGAAAAUUCAUAAUUCUUUACAACUCAAGAUGGAUCAUCUCCCAAACACCCUCCCCCCUCCUCCACAAAGGGGAGAGGCAGCAAAAGAGGCAGAAGUGGGAGAGGCAGCAAAAGAGGCAGAAGUGGGAGAGGCAGCAAAAGAGGCAGAAGUGGGAGAGGCAGCAAAAGAGGCAGAAGUGGGAGAGGCAACAAAAGAGGAGGCGCAAAAGGGGGAAGAAGAAAAAUACUAUUUAUGCUAUGACGUAGAGUGGCUAGCCAUCAUAAAAGCCAAUCACAACCUGAUUUCCAUAAAUAGUGAUAAAAAUUAUAAUUUAGAAGAUUUAAAAUAUCCAACAGAUGAAGAUUUUGAAUUUGUUAAAGAAAAAUUAAAAAAAUUAAAACAAAUUUCUAUAAAUGGAAAGCAAUAUUAUCCUAUAAAUGGUUACAAUACACCAAAUUAUAAAAAUUUAAUAGAACAAAGAAAAUAUUUUUUAAACCUUUUGGAUCUAGAAGAACUUAAUAUAUAUAGUGACUAUGAGCUUAACUUUUUUAAUGAAGAAUUAAAAAAAAUCAAUCAGCAAAUACCCAAAGAAAAUUCUCAAAUUUUGAUAGAACAAGAAACUGACAUAUGUUUAAAUGAGAAAAAUUAA